UAUGGUGCUCAUUUUUCGCAAGUUUGGAUUUUGCACAGAUUCGACAUAUAACAUAAAAUCUUUGUUAUGAAGGCCUAAAGUCCUAUAAAUUUUCAGGCAAAGCCUCUGCAGGUUUUGUUCAGCAAAAUGCAAAACACCAAAGAUUUAAGGGGAUAGAUAAAACUUCAAAAGCAGGGAAGAUUUUGAACAAAUUCGAAAAUUUGAUGCUCUUUACAUGUUAGAUUUAUGGUGGUUUUGCUUUGAAGUUGUAAUAAUUUUUCAAUACUUGUGGUCGAUUAUGUUAAAAAUGGAAGCAUUCACCGCCUGAAGAGUUCCUUUGAAUUUUAUUUUUAGCGCCGCACUACAAAUUUUGUUUGUUUCUGGCCGUCUUUGUCCUGCAAUUUGCAAGAACUGAAAAAAUUGAUGCCUUGAAAGAAAUACUAUUAGAAAAUAGGGGAAAACUUGCUAGUUUUCGUUGUUUCUGUGAAGCUUUGCGCCAGGAAGUUGCAACAAUUUGAGAGGACCAAAAGAAUUUGACGAUUGGAAGGAAAGAUUAUUCGAAAGUAAGGGAAUAUUUGUUUGCUUUCUUGUUUCUCUGAUGCUUUGCCCCAAAAAUUUGGGGAAAACAACAGAUGACGCAUGAAGGAAAGAUUAUUUAAAUUUGCUUGCUUUCCUUGUUUCUGUGAAUCUUUGCCCUGGCAAUUUGCAAGAAAUGAAAGAAUUUGAAGCCUUGGGAAAAUAUUAUUUGAAUAGACAUAAAUUUGUUCUCUUUUGUUGUUUCUCAUUGCAAGGAAUGAUAGAAUUGGACACAUUGAAGCAAUCUUUAGAGCAAAAUACAGUGUGUUGAAAGAAAAAUUGAUAAACUUUAGACUUUUAAGCCAAUUGGAACACGUGAGAAAAUAUGAGGAAUCUUUGCUAGUGAUUUUGUAAGGAGCACUGCUAUUUUAGAAGAAAUCUGUAAGAAUUGUUAUCUCGGAGGCGCGUUGUGAAUCUUUCAAAUUGCAGUCAGUUUAAGUGGUUCUAGACUAAGUCAAUUCAUAAUUGCCUCCCUUCAGAGUUCUUAGAAAGUAAACAGUGAAAUUGGUACAUCAUAACUGGUUUUCAAACGCAGAUGCUAAAGACUGCAAAAGCAAAAUAUUUGAAGAGAAAUCUAGAAGCAUUGAAGGCCUUCAACAGAGGUGGUAAGUAAGAUGAAGGCCGAUCAAAAGGGGAAUGGCAAUAUUCAUAAUAGUCGCAGUGGAAAGGAUGUUUUAAGGAAAGGGCCAUGGAUGCCUGAGGAAGAUGAAAUCUUGAUAGAGUAUGUAAGGCAGUAUGGAGCAAGGGACUGGAACUCCAUUGGUGCCAAAGGCUUGCUUCCUCGUACUGGAAAAUCAUGCCGCUUACGGUGGGUUAACAAGCUCAAACCAGACCUUAAAAGUGGCUGUAAAUUUUCACCAGAAGAGGAGAAGCUAGUAAUGGAAAUGCAAGCAAAACUAGGGAAUAAAUGGGCCAAAAUUGCUUCUUAUUUACCUGGUCGAACAGACAACGACGUGAAGAACUUUUGGAGCACCAGGCAGAAAAGAAUGAUGCGCGCUCUGCAAAGUCCCAAGUUAUAUUCCACAAAUGCACAUACAGUACAGACUCAUUCAACUGACAUGAACAAAACACACUAUUUCACAGACUUUCCAGUUUAUCAGCAGCAGGAGCAACAGGCCACUGCAUUUGGAGGAACCUCAUUUAAUCCCACAUUUCCAGAUGAAACAGAAGAUCCAUUCCAAAGGGACCAGUCACUAGAGGUCCGGAGAGUCAGACAGAAAUCACAGUCACCAUUCUCAAAUGAAUUGGAUGAGUCUCUCAUGGUGAAACUGCAAGAUCUUGUUGCAGUAGAACCUAAUAAUUUAUUUUCUGACACCAACAUCAUCAAUCCUGGAGCAAUAGCACUGGUAGCUGAGGAAUCCAGUGAAGGUUCAGCUAUGUCAUCUACACUGAACAAUAACGAUAUCAGUAACAACUGCAGAAGCUCCAGGCUUCAUUCCAAGCAAUUCAGACAAGUCGGGCUGACCUGUAAUAAAAGAGAGAUCAUGUCACCCAAUACUAGCCUUGUGCCAUUUGAUCAAUCAGAAAAUUUUGAGCAUAUGGAGGAUUAUGAUCAGCUUCAUGAACUUUCUUUAACACAAGACAGUCCAUAUGACUUAGAGGCUGGCUUAUUCAUUGAUGUUAAUGACAGCAACAUUCUGGAUUUUCUGUUACGGCCAGAAGAGGAUGCAACUUCAUCUGUCCAAAAUAGCUCUAUAGUUUGUUUCAAUGACCAGCAGCAGCAGCAGAUUAAUAACAAAGUCCAGAUUGAGAAUGACUUUACUCCAAGUAAUAACAACAUCAAUGUCCACUGGGAUAAAAUGCCCUUACUCUCUCCAGAAGAUAUUAUUCCAAUAUCUGAUUGUGCCAUCAAACAAGAAGUGGAUUCUUGCACUCCUGACAGCAUUUUACAGGUGAAUUUUCCUGCAGAUGUCUUUGAGGCUCUGGAGCCCCUUUCUCCUAAUGCCUCCAUUUGGUGGGAUUCAGAGUGGAUUUGAUUUAAACUUGUUUAUUUAGGUCAAUUUUCCUUUAGAGAAAUCAAAACAUAAAAGAAUGGUUGAUUAAGUUUAUUAUUAGAUUAAUCAACUAGCAGCUAGGUAGAUUUUAAGAGCCAAAGAGCUUUUUUUUCCAUAUCCUGUUCUCUAGGAUGCUAAUAAUAAGAUAUAUAUAUAUA